UAGUCUGGGGCGAAUAAUAAAAGGAAAGGGAGAGAGAGGGGACAACUGACGAUUCACGAUUGGGCCUCUAGUAGUCGUUGCUGUCUGGAUCUCUCCCUCCCUCUCCUUCGCCGGAAAAAAUGGUGAUGUGGGUAUUCGGGUACGGAUCUCUGAUAUGGAAACAAGGGUUUCCCUUCGACGAAUGCCUCCCCGGUUUCAUCACUGGCUAUCGCCGCGUCUUCUACCAAGGCAGUACGGAUCAUAGAGGAACUCCGGAGUUUCCGGGAAGAACAGUCACACUAGAGCCUGCAGAUGGGGAAGUGUGUUGGGGAGUCGCAUACAAGAUAACCAAGGAGAAAGACAAGAAAGAUGCCCUAGAUUAUCUGGAAGUGAGGGAGAAGCAAUACGACAAGAAAGUGUAUCUUGAUCUCUUCACUGAUCCUAAUGCUUCAGAACCGGCUGUCUCGGGAAUGUUGGUGUACAUAGCUUCUUCAGACAAGAAGAGCAACAAGAACUACUUGGGACCAGCACCUCUUGAGGACAUUGCCAAACAGAUAAUAAAAUCCGAAGGCCCCUCGGGACCUAACAGAGACUAUCUGUUUCACCUGGAGAAGGCUCUUCUUCAACUGGGGUUUGAAGAUAAACAUGUGAUGGAUCUUGCAAACGAAGUUAGACGCAUUCUUUCGGGGAGCACGGAAUGGCCAGCCGCCGCGGAUGCCUCUUGAUGCGAGCAUCUGAAAUAUGCCAAGUGGUCAGAGAUGAUAUUGCAUUCUUAGCACUGAAUCAUUGUUAUCGCUAUUCAUUUUCAUGCCUUAACAAAAAGGUCAAUGAUAAAGGCAUUGAAUGCGGAGGAUAAGGUUGGGUUCGUGUAUCGGCCAUCGGAUACUCAAAUACAAAUAAAUGUAUGGUAUAGCGCUUGGAUUACCAAAUCCGUUUAUUCUGAAAAUUGAUAGCUUACUGUUUUGCAAUA